AUGCUCUCAACGACGACUGUUUCGACAAAACGAAAUAUUACCUGUUGGCUUGAUGCUAGCGAAGAUCCAACUCAUUCGGAUGACGCAAUACAAUUUGAAUGCGAGUGCGGAGAAUAUUGCAUAAUGGGAGUCCGAAAUGAUUCAGUCUUUGAAGAAAACGUCUAUUUCUGGGGAUGUGGAUGUGAAGUGGAAAUUCUUGGGGAUCUAUGUCCGACGAAUUUCAUUCUUGACGAAUAUCAAUGUUGCAAAGGAGAUCUAUGCAAUGCGGCCAAUUGGACAGAACCGACCGGAAGUCCCCCAACAUGGCCUCCAUCCAGCAACAUCACUUGCUGGCUUGACACCAAUGAUAAACCAUAUCAUACUGACCUUGCGAUCAAAGUGGAAUGUUUGCGUGGAGAUUACUGUGUAUCUAUCUUCAUUGAUUAUUUCUUCGGUCAAGCUUACCUUUGGGGAUGUGGAAUCGAUUUUGUUGAGGGAUAUGGCGAAGUGGAUCUGUGCCCUAUAAACGACUAUUUUGAUUCAUAUGUGUGCUGCACGGAGGAUUUGUGCAAUGCAGGGAAUUGGUCUGAUACGACAACGACGACAACGACAACGACAACUACUACUUCCACAACGACGAUAAUAGCCUCUACAACAGCGCUUGAAACAACCACUCCGAAUGGUCCCCUCACUUGUUGGAUUGAUGUUAACGAUGAGCCUUAUCACUCAGAUGGAGCAUUCCAAAUUGAAUGCGAAUGUGGUGACUACUGUAUAACUGGAUUCCGAAAUGAUUCAACUCUCGAAGAGACAGGCUAUUUCUGGGGAUGUGGUUAUGAGGCCUUAAAAGUGGAAUGUUUCGCUGGCCACUACUGCAUUGCUGGCUCCACUGACUUUUUCUUUGGUACAAUAUACUUCUGGGGAUGUGCUGUGGAUCUUGAUGAUGAGCUAGAUAUGUGCCCAGAUAAUGAUAUUUUCGACACAUACUAUUGCUGUGAGGAGGAUUUGUGCAACGGAAAUUGGUCCGGUAUUGCGACGACUACAACCGUUCCAACAACCAUUUCACCAGGUGGACCCCUCACUUGUUGGAUCGAUGCCAAUGAUGAGCCGUACCAUUCAGAAGAUGCAACGCAAAUCGAAUGUGAAUGUGGAGAUUUCUGUAUCAGUGGAACCCGAAAUGAUUCAGUCCUUGGCGGUGAAGGAUAUUUCUGGGGUUGUGGCUGUGAUGCUGAGAUUCUUGGAGAUUUAUGCCCAACAAAUUUCAUUUUCGACGAAUACCAAUGCUGUAAAGGAAGCCUUUGUAAUGCUGGCAAUUGGACAGAACCAACCGGAAGCCCUCCAACAUGGCCUCCAUCGAAUAGUUCAAUCACUUGUUGGGUUGAUCUCAAUUUUGAUCCAUCUCACACAGAUGAGGCCGUUAAAGUUGAAUGUUUCGCUGGCGACUCUUGUGUGAUUGGCCACCUGAGCUUUUUCUCCGAUAUCUACUUUUGGGGAUGUGCCACGAAUCUAGACGAUCAACUGGAACUGUGCCCAACGAACGAUAUUUUCGAUUCCUACACUUGCUGCAAGGAAGAUUUGUGCAAUUGGAAUGUGACGGAGAGUACAACCACAACGACUACAACGACUACAACCACCACCACUACUAAAUCUAGCACAACUGCCACAAAAACGACAACCCCAAGCCUUACCAGUACCACUUAUUCGACAACAGCUACAACAACUAAAACAAUGACGACCACAAAAGCCCAUACAACAACCACAACAAGCCACAAGCCGACUUCAUCAGCAAUCAUCACAAAAGCACCGCCCGUAACGUCAACCGAAGCCACCACCACAACAACGACAACCACUGAAACAACCACAAAACCCCCACUGACCACGAAGAAAGCCCCGAAAACGACAAAGAAACCAAAGAAAACGACCACAAUGAUGAAGACAAUCCUCAUCUUGGUCUUCUUGGCCGCCCUUGCUGUGGUCAGUUAUGCGGAUGAUGCGGCAGGCGAGGAGGUUGUCGACGUCGACAAGCUAGCAACCGACAUUCAAACCGACCUUGGAGACGACACGGAAGACUUCAAGAAAUUCCACAAAAAAUUCAACAAACGAUUCAAGAAAAAGAACAUGAAGAAAUUAGCCGCCAACUUCAAGAAAAACAACAAAAGACUGAAAGCCUUGCAAGAAAAAACGAAGGGGAAGAAAUUCAAAGUGAAAAUGAACGAAUUCAUGCACAUGAGCCCUGAAGAGUUCUCGGAGCAAGUGCUGUUGAAGGAGGAGGAUCUAAAGUUCCAUCCCGAGAGCAACGCCAUCGAUCACAAAAAAGCUAAAAAGUUGAGAGAGUUCAAGAAAGCGGCAGUGAGAAGGGCAAAGAAGGGAAAAAAGAAUCACCCGAAAAAGCUGAAGAAAGUCGAGAAACGAGCGGCAAAUACCAACGACAGCCUCUCGCAAACCGAGAUCAACGAAAUCACUGCAAUGCUGAGACAAAUGGGAUUCACUGGCGAGAUCACCUUCAGCGAGGAGGAGCUGAAAGAGGAUCCAAUUGUGGCCGAUCCAGCCAAGGAUGAACCUCUUCCUGGUGGCUUUGAUUGGAGAGAUCAAGGAGUGAUAACACCGGUGAAAGAUCAAGGCAGUUGUGGAAGUUGCUGGACCUUCAGUGCUGCCGGUAUUCUCGAGGCGCAACACGCGCGUAAGUACAACAAAGAGUUGAUCGACUUGGCCGAAUUUCAAAUGACUUGUGUUUAUGGUGGAACGAUCUGCAAGGGAGGUGCCUCCGAGGUUGCCUUCGAAUAUUACAAGAAUCAUCCGGGAAUCGGUCUCGAAAAGGACACACCCUAUCCAGAAACUCCCGCCUCAGCCGAUAUGAGUUGCAAAAGCAAGCCACCAGCUCCGAAAGUCACCGUUUCUUCUCAUAUCUCUUUGCUUGGAUCAACGGUCGACGAAAUCAAGGAUGCCCUGAUCACCGAUGGACCGAUUGGAGUCGGAAUUGUGGUCAACUCGGAGUUCCAAUACUUCGGAGGUGGUAUUUUUGAUGCACCAUGUAAUGCAACAAAUGCCCUCGGAGGUCACGCUAUGAUCAUCACAGGAUUCGGAAGCGAGGAUGGAGUCGACUAUUGGAUAAUCAAGAACUCGUGGGGAACCACCUGGGGAGAGGAUGGAUAUGUUAAGUUCAAAAUGGGCUCCAAUCAUUGUGAUGUCGAGUCGAGACAAAUCUCGCAUUGCACCUCAAGCAGCGAAUCAACGAACCAAUCGAUGCAAAAACCAAAAGCAAGGAGAAAGAGGAGUUUCGGGAGAAGACCAAAAAAUUCAUGGAUUGUGGACAACAAAGAGAUGAUGGAAAGCCCGUUAAGGAGU